UCCUUCCUGUCGCGAUGUUGGGAGCCCGCAAGCUCAGCUCCUCCGGGAGUCAUUUUUUAGGAGUGCUUAGGUCUGGGUAUCGGGCCUCACAGGCUGGCUGCCCUCGCUUAACUUCCUCGGCGGAGAAUCAGCUCAGUUGGACUCUACAAAUUAAACCAUGGGUUUUUCGAGAAUACAGAAUCACGUGGUCCAGAUCGUAUGGAAUGACUUUUGCCUGCUUGAAUACAAUGAAAACUUACAGGUACCCUUGGACAAGACUGUACAGCACUUCUCAAACUACUGUAGACAGCAGUGAGGUGAAAACCUUCCUGGCCCUGGCUCACAGGUGGUGGGAUGAACAAGGAGUAUAUGCACCUCUUCAUUCUAUGAAUGACCUUAGGGUGCCAUUUAUUAGAGACAAUCUUUUAAAAACAGUUGCUAAUCACCAGCCAGGAAAACCUUUGUCUGGGAUGAAGAUUCUUGAUGUUGGCUGUGGUGGUGGAUUGUUAACUGAACCUCUAGGGCGGCUUGGGGCUUCAGUUCUUGGAAUUGACCCUGUGGAUGAAAACAUUAAAACAGCGCAGCGCCAUAAAUCAUUUGAUCCAGUCCUGGAUAGGAGGAUAGAGUACAGAGCGUGUUCCCUGGAAGAGAUUGUGGGAGAGGCUGCAGAAACAUUUGAUGGUGUCAUCGCUUCCGAAGUUGUAGAACAUGUGAUUGAUCUAGAAACAUUCAUACAGUGCUGCUGUCAAGUGUUAAAACCCGGUGGUUCUUUAUUCAUUACUACAAUCAACAAAACUCAGCUGUCCUAUGCCUUGGGAAUUGUUUUUGCAGAGCAAGUUGCAGGUAUUGUACCAAAAGGUACUCAUACCUGGGAGAAAUUUGUUUCACCCGAAAACUUAGAGAGCAUUCUGGAAUCAAAUGGUCUAUCAGUUCAAAGUGUGGUAGGAAUGCUCUACAACCCCUUCUCAGGUUACUGGCAUUGGAUUGAAAACACCAGCCUUAACUACGCAGCUCAUGCUGUGAAGCGCCAAGACCCAGAGCCUGCCCAGUUUGUUUUAAAGGAGGAAGGAGAAGAGCUCGGAGCUAGAGCCUCCACCAACCCAGGUGUGCGCGAAGAGCCCAAGGAAUGAAUGGUUUCUGAGGACUGGAGUAAUACGGUGGGAAAGUACGAUCUUUAUAAAUACAAAAAAUAUACAGUUUAUCAUUUGAGAUAUACAGGAUCAUACAGAAAAGAAAGUCAAUAAAAGGGUUAAAACCUUGGAUAAAAGUUUUUGUUUUUCCAUCUAACAGCUACUUUCGAUGGAUUAUUCUAUGGAUAUAAAACGUUUUGUUGAGGUAGUGUGUGAUCUAGGAGUUUAUAUUCCUCAGCCUUUGUUAUAUCCAUAGGGUAUGCAUAUUUCACUUCAUCUUACAGAUUAUAUGUUUCUUUCCAACAUGUAUGCACAUAUAUACAUGUUAUAAUAUGUUUUAAUCUAAAGGAAUCUGUAUCAUCUAUGUUCUUCUUUAUUUGGUUUUUAGUUAAAGGCAGUUAUGUUUCUGACUGAUGAAAACCAAAUAUAGUUUUAUACCGCUUAUAUGUGGGAAGAUAAAAUAUAUUUUUCCUUUAAAUUUUAGUUGAAUGGAAAGCAAAUGGAUUAUUAAAAUAUAUGCUGGAUUUGGAUUCAAACAUUAAAAUCUAGAAGUUCA